AUGGGGCCUUUGCCAGAACAGAGCCUCCAUUUCAUCGCGCAAGAAAAGGAAAUAGAGACAUCUACUUCAGAAGGUUAUUAUUCCAGCUGCAAACGCCAAAUCCUUCAAUGCAUGGGUAACAUGGGAAUCUGUAGAAGCUCUUGCAAAAAGGAUGAACAGCCCUACCUCUAUUGCAGAAAUUACCAAUCAUGCUGCCUCCAGUCCUACGUGAGGAUAAACAUGCCCGGCAGAGAGUGAAAAAGUGACUGGAGCCAAGAAAACCACUGGCCAAAAAUCUCUUGA